GUCGAGCGUUCGCGUUCUUCCAGCGCUAUGCAGACGACGAGGACGUAGGUCGCGAAUACGUCUACGUGCAUACCACGCCCGAAAGUAGCCAGACCUUAGUAACCGACCGGCGGCAGCGACGUUGCCGCGCUUUCAAGGUUGUCUGCUGUCUGGUGAAUUUGGUUAUCCUUGUCGUUCGUGUUGUGAUUUCAGACUCAUCGAGUUGAGAUGUGAUGACAUGAGUCUUUCCAUAGAGGACUUCAAUAGAUGCAUUGAAGAUAUUGUCAAUACUUCUGAUAAUUUGAUAGAUGGCUGGAGAUUCGAGCAAAAUGAGGAAUUGGAGAAUGGAAAGUACAUCAUAAAGAAGGAACAAAAAGUACUAUCACAGGACCAAGAAGAUGAUAUCAAUCAUGUAUUAACUUUUGAAUAUCACAUAGCAUUCAACAUCAGCUAUGGAGUACCUGUUUUAUGUUUCAACGUUUGGAAGCAAGAUGGUACGAUGUUAACCGUAGAAGAAUUUUGGAAGUUGAAUGAAAGGUUUAAAGAAUCUAAUAUGUACGAUACUAUCACCCAAAUGGAUCAUCCUGUACUGCGACGACCGUUUUUCACACUACAUCCAUGUAGAACUCAUGAAAUUAUGGAGCCCUUCUUGGAAGAAAGCAAGAAUCCGGUGGUAUCUUGGCUCACAGUCGUUGGUCCGUUCGUGCACUUGGACUUGAACGAGGAAUAUGUGAAAAUGUGCUCGUAAAGCUUGGAAUGUGCAGUGCCGGAUUCGAAAGACGUUUAUGCAAAGAAAUAAGAUUCUUCGAAGUUUUACAAACAGUGCUUCAUUGAAUAACUGCGGAUUCUACUUUGGAAUGUAUUUAUUAUUCUCAUAUCGCCAAUUUGCGAGGUGUGUAACCAUAAAUACCACACAUGUAAACGUUAAUGUUAACCUCAUUUGACCUUUUACCUCAUACAAAAAUUUUACAUACAUGUCAAUAAAUAAAAUAAAAAAAUACAUUUUAAAAACAA